AUGUCCAAAGAUUACGUUUCCUUUAAGCAACGACGAAGUUUCGUCUGCAGAAAGCGUGAUGCUCAAGAAAUUCGCGAGAAAUAUCCCGAUAAAAUUCCGGUGGUUGUUGAACGCUUACAUACUGAAAAACAUUUACCCCUUUUGGAUAAAAACAAAUUUCUUGUACCUGAAGAUCUAACCAUGAGUCAAUUUAUUAACAUCAUAAGAAAAAGACUGGUAUUAAAUCCUACUCAAGCGUUCUUUCUACUCAUUAAUCAAAAAAAUAUGGCCAGUAUCUCCACGCCAUUAAUAGAACUGUAUCAUCAUGAACGAGAUGAAGAUGGCUUUCUUUAUAUGGUUUAUGCCUCUCAAGAAACGUUUGGAACUGAUUAG